AUGGGAAAAUCCUCAAAGGAUAAGCGUGAUGCGUAUUACAGGCUCGCAAAAGAACAAGGAUGGAGAGCUCGAAGUGCUUUCAAAUUAUUACAACUCGAUGAAGAAUUCGACCUCUUCUCCGAUGUUACUCGCGUCGUAGACCUUUGCGCUGCCCCUGGAAGUUGGUCUCAAGUCCUAUCCCGAGUCUUAAUCAAAGGAGAGAAAUUCGGUCGGGCAGCAUGGGAAGACAAGGAGGCUAGAAUGCGACAAAACAUACUUGAAAUCAAUAUCCCAUCUUCAACAGAAGAGAAGCAGCCAUCAAACGAGACCGAAUUGAAACCUAAGAAAGAUGUAAAAAUUGUGGCUAUCGAUUUACAACCCAUGAGCCCUUUGCAAGGAAUCAUAACACUUCGAGCAGAUAUUACACAUCCUGCAACCGUUCCAUUACUUCUAAGUGCUCUCGAUUCUUCUUAUGAUCCGAAAUCCUUUUCCCAGCAAGCUUCCAACCCCGUGGAUCUCGUUAUCAGUGACGGUGCCCCUGAUGUUACAGGUCUUCAUGAUCUAGACAUUUAUGUUCAAUCACAAUUACUUUUCGCCGCUUUAAAUCUUGCACUUUGCGUCCUCCGUCCAGGUGGAAAGUUUGUUGCAAAGAUCUUCAGAGGAAGAAAUGUUGAUCUUCUAUUUGCACAAUUGAAAAUCUUCUUCGAAAGGGUGGUUGUUGCAAAACCAAGGUCAAGUCGUGCAAGCAGUGUAGAAGCUUUCAUUGUCUGCUUGAAUUUCCAACCGCCAGAGGGAUUCAAAGCUAGCAUGGAAGAUCCUAUGGGUGUUGGGGAUAGACUCGCCAAAAUGGUCGAUACAGCUGUUAGUCAAGAGCCAACAGUUUCACCUAUCGAUUCACAAAAUAUCGAAGACAACAAACCGUCAGAAAAUCAAGUCAAGACAACGACACGUAGAGAAGAUGGAGUAUGGGAAGUUAAACUUCCUAGUGAUGAAGCUAAAGCCAGAAAAUCAGGAAGAUGGAUAGCUCCAUUUUUGGCAUGUGGAGAUUUAUCUGGUUAUGAUGCUGAUGCUUCAUAUCAUUUACCAAAGGAUCGUAUCACACUUGAUCCUGUACAACCUCCAACAGCACCUCCAUACAAGAGAGCUCUUGAAAUGAGGAAAGCGGCAGGUGGAGCGUAUGGAAAGACUACGGGAAAGACAGAAUAG